CAAAAUAUUGUGCAUGUGGUAUGUUUACAUUAUUAUUUACGAUAGAUCGAUCGCUGCAAGUUGGCUCAUCAUUUUUCAACUGAAGUUCCCACAGCCUCGUACUUGUAGUCGCAUUGUAUACUGCAAAUAGGCAAAACAAACCAAAAGAUGACGGAAACCGAUUCAUCGACAUCGAGGAGAAAGGGCAAAUUCGCAGCACUGAUUCUUGCAAGAGGCGGAAGCAAGGGCAUCAAGCUGAAGAACAUCAAGUUGCUGGCUGCACCACUGAUUUCUUGGGUCCUCCGAUCAGCCGUAGAUUCGGGAGAAUUUGACGAAGUGUGGGUCUCCACUGAUCAUGAUGAGAUAGCUCGCAUCUCGGAGGAGUGGGGUGCCAAGGUGCAUCGGAGGUCCGCGGAAGUGUCACAUGAUGCCUCCACAUCCAUUGAGACUGUACAAGAAUUUUUGAAAUUUCAUCCAGAAAUUGAACUAAUUGGGCAGAUUCAGUGCACGUCGCCUUGCCUCCAGCCAUGGCACCUACAGGGCCCCGCUCGUAUGGUCAGGGAAGGAGGCUACGAUUCGGUGUUCGCCGUCUCACGCAAUCAUCUCCUCCGAUGGAAAGAGGUGAAAAAGCCAGGUGAGCAGACAGAGGCAGAAAACUUCAAUCCCGCCAAGAGGCCGCGGCGGCAGGACUGGGCCGGUCAUCUCUGCGAAAAUGGAGCCGUUUAUUUUGCAACUCGGGAACUGCUCAUGAGCGGGCUCUUCCAGGGAGGAAGGGUUGGCUAUUUUGAAAUGGGGCCAGAGUACAGUAUUGACAUCGACACCGACGUUGACUGGCCAAUCGCGGAGCAGCGGGUCAUCAAGUUUGGUUACUUUGGCAAGAAGAAACCGCAAGGGGUACGACUCGUGGUCUUUGCAGCAGACGGUGUUCUGACCGACAACAUGUUACACAUCACCUCUGCCGGCGAUGAGUUUCGUUCAUACAACUUCAGCGAUUCCAUUGGCAUCCAGGAAUUAAUACAAAAGGGAAUGGCAGUCCGAAUCCUGAGCUGUGAACAGAGCAUAACUCACCAGAAAUACGCAGACAAGCUGAAUCUGCCUUUGACCAUGGGAUGCAAGGACAAAUUAGCCGUCUUGGAAGAGUGGAGAAAAGAGUUGCAGCUGGACUGGCUGGACAUUGCUAUUAUGGGGUGUGACACGCCAGACUUUGAAUGCCUGAAGCGCUGUGGGGUCAGCGGUUGCCCCGCCGACGCACAAGCGCCGGUCCAAACAGCGGUACAGUUUGUCUCCAAGCUUGCUGGCGGCCGGGGCGCGGCCCGGGACUUUUGUGAGUACCUCCUGUUACUCCGGGAGAAAGCCAAGUCGGCUGUGGAACAAGAGAAAUGCGCAACUCCGAAAUAGUUGGCUCAUUGCUUAAAAGUUUGGCUGUAGAAGGUAUCCAACCUCGAUAGUGGCACCUCACUUUCAACUAGGCUUGCAUGGUACUUUUUUGUAAUCCCAAAACCUUUGUUGGAAGGUGAUUGCUUCACACUACAUGUACACUACUAAGAUGAGAGUGAAUUUUCUUACUCUAGUUUUCAUUCAAGGCCAAAGGUGUAAAGAUGAAACCAUGUUAAAGGGAGUUGUCAGUGAAGUUUUGUAGAAUCUAUACUCUAGUACAUUGUGCAGUAUCUGCACCGUCACAGGCUGAAUCAUAAACUCAUUCAGUUUUGUUGUGUUGAACAGAAAAUUGAAUUUGUUUUGUUAAACUUAUGUUUUUUCCCCAUGUACUUUUUACCAAUAGUCAUGAAGUGAACAUGACUUCAAUUCGGGCCAAAAUUAAAUUAAUAGUUCUGCUUCGGAUUACAUGGCAUUCGAAAAUAGGGUAGGUAAGUUGGGAAUCUUUUUUUUCUCCAAUUUUUGUGUGCAAGAUCAUAUGGAGGUGUCUGCGUGUAGUCAAGGGUAAAAGUAGAAAUUGGGGUUUGGGUGUUUUUUGCUCAUAGCAGAACUAUUUUUUGUUUGGCCUCAUAGAGUGCCAAUGUUGUUUACUUAAUGAAAUAUAUAUUACUUUGCUUACCGGAUGACUGAGCUAAGUUGAGUUUGAAAUUCAAAACUGCAUUUCGCCCCCGUAGAAACAGACUUCCAUCCUGUAGGAAAGAGCUUGCAGAUUAUGUACUUUUUGUAAUUUGUAAAUCUCCAUGAUUUGAGGUUUGAGGAAUUCAUGUUUAAAUUAGCUGAAAUUGUUUAUUGUAAAAUUGAUAUUUAAUUGUUGAAUUUUAUUUUACAGGUGAGGUAAACGGACUAAAAUAUUACUGAAAUGUACUUGUGGUUAUUUUAUAGGUGUUUUUUUUUUUGUGCUGUACAGGGCGACCCAAAAAAUAUGGAACCCUGAAACAUGUGCCCUUUUUUCCAAAACGUGAUCUGUGAAUUUUUAUGUUUUGGAUAUCAGAUUAAAGCUGAGAGUUUUUUCUUCCAAAUAACGAAAAAAAAUCAUGAAAACCUGGCAUUACCAAUGGCAUUAUCACAGUUAAGAAACAGUCAGUUGAAGAGGUCUUCCAUUUGUGCAAUUUCUUUAAUAUUUUGACAGAUUUGUGAUGCUGAAAAGGUUU